AUGAAUCAAAUUGAAUCUGAAUUUGUUUUAAAUCACCUUUGUAUACCUUCGACUCUGCAGGGCGUGGGUAAAACCACUCUGAUCGCUAGGGUUUUGGAGAAUCUCAGAACUUCCUAUCCUAAUUUGAAAAUACAAGGGUUUUUCACUCGUGAGAUCAGACAAAAAGGCGAGAGGGUAGGGUUUGAGGUGGUUACGUUAGAUGGUCGCACUGAUCCACUUGCUUCUGUUAAUAAUUCUAGAUGGCCUACUGUGGGAAGAUACAGAGUCGAUGUAGCAUCAUUCGAAUCAUUAGCUUUGCCUGAGUUACAGGUUCGUUUAGCUUCAUCUCCAAUUUCUCAGUAA